AGGGAGGAGGACCUUGACCCUGAGAGGUUGCCGUCGCGCUGUGCGCAGAUAAGACGUCGUGCGUGCGCAGGCGCUCGGCGCAGACGCCUGCCGGAAGCCAAGAUGGCGGUUAGGUGUUCUUCAGGCCGCAGUCGGCGCCUCGUCAAUAUCUAAGCGGGAUAUAUCCGAAGGGACUGUGGCAAACGCCAUCUCCGCCGCCAUGGCGCGGCAUCGGAAUGUCCGAGGCUAUAACUACGAUGAAGAUUUCGAAGAUGAUGAUCUCUAUGGCCACUCGGUAGAGGAUGAUUAUUGUAUUUCGCCAUCAACAGCUGCACAGUUUAUUUAUUCACAACGUGAUAAGCCUUCCGUUGUUGAGCCAGUAGAAGAAUAUGAAGAUCUGAAAGAAUCUUCCCAUUCUGUUUUGAACCACCGGCUAAGUGGAAUUGAUGAAGCUCGUCUUUAUUCAUGCCUUGAUCACAUGAGAGAGAUACUUGGAGGUGCUGUGCCAGAUGAAAUAUUGAUUGAAGCCAUCCUGAAGAACAAGUUUGAUGUGGAGAAGGCUUUGUCAGUGGUUCUGGAAAAAGAUAACAUGCAGAAUUUGAAGGACAAGAGUGAGGGAACAAUAUCUGCAGGAAAGAUAGCAAAAGGUUCCCAGUCAUCUCGAAGUGAAUCUGAGCUUGUGCCAAAAGUUGCUAAAAUGACAGUAUCUGGAAAGAAGCAAACUAUGGGAUUUGAAGUGCCUGGAGUAACUUCUGAAGAAAAUGGUCAUAGUUUCCACACACCUCAAAAAGGACUGCCUGGUGAAGGUGCCAGCAUUGCUUCCUCUGAGGCUCUCGAGUCUGUUUCUAAAUCUGCUCUUCCACUGCACACCAUUCAAUCAUCAGAAGAACAGAGUUCAACACCACCUCCAGGGAAAAAGUCUGGCAAGCUGAAGCAGCAAAUAGAUGUGAAAGCAGAACUGGAGAAGCGGCAAGCAGGGAAGCAGCUCCUCAACUUGGUGGUCAUUGGUCAUGUUGAUGCUGGGAAAAGUACUCUGAUGGGCCAUAUGCUUUAUCUUCUGGGUAAUGUAAACAAAAGAACUAUGCAUAAAUAUGAACAAGAGUCUAAAAAGGCUGGCAAAGCUUCGUUUGCAUAUGCUUGGGUCUUGGAUGAGACUGGCGAAGAAAGGGAAAGGGGAGUAACAAUGGAUGUUGGUAUGACAAAGUUUGAAACCACAACUAAAGUUAUUACAUUAAUGGAUGCUCCAGGCCAUAAGGAUUUCAUUCCAAAUAUGAUUACAGGAGCAGCUCAGGCGGAUGUAGCUGUUUUAGUUGUAGAUGCCAGCAGGGGAGAGUUUGAAGCUGGCUUUGAGACGGGAGGCCAAACACGAGAGCAUGGCCUCUUGGUUCGUUCUCUGGGAGUCACACAGCUCGCAGUGGCAGUCAACAAAAUGGAUCAGGUUAGUUGGCAACAAGAAAGGUUUCAAGAGAUUACUGGAAAACUUGGGCACUUUCUUAAGCAAGCAGGUUUUAAGGAGAGUGAUGUGGCUUUUAUUCCUACAAGUGGUCUCAGUGGUGAAAAUCUAAUCACAAGAUCUCAGUCAAGUGAACUCACAAAAUGGUAUAAAGGACUAUGUUUAUUAGAACAAAUUGAUUCCUUCAAGCCUCCCCAACGAUCUAUAGACAAGCCGUUUAGGUUAUGUGUGUCUGAUGUUUUCAAAGAUCAAGGAUCUGGAUUUUGUGUAACUGGUAAAAUUGAAGCUGGUUAUAUCCAAACUGGUGACCGACUGCUAGCAAUGCCUCCUAAUGAAACUUGUACUGCAAAAGGAAUCACUCUGCAUGAUGAACCUGUGGACUGGGCGGCAGCAGGCGAUCAUGUUAGCCUUACUUUGGUUGGGAUGGAUAUCAUCAAAAUAAAUGUUGGCUGCAUAUUUUGUGGCCCCAAAGAGCCCAUUAAAGCUUGCACUCGUUUCAGAGCCCGAAUCCUCAUCUUUAAUAUUGAAAUUCCUAUCACUAAAGGAUUUCCUGUGCUGUUACACUACCAGACUGUCAGUGAACCUGCUGUUAUUAAACGAUUGGUUAGUGUCUUAAGCAAAAGCACGGGUGAAGUCACAAAGAAAAAACCUAAGUUUUUGACUAAAGGCCAGAAUGCAUUGGUAGAGCUACAGACACAAAGACCAAUAGCUCUUGAGCUAUACAAAGAUUUUAAAGAGCUGGGAAGAUUUAUGCUGCGCUACAGUGGUUCUACAAUAGCUGCUGGUGUUGUCACUGAGAUAAAAGAAUGAUGGGUCAGAAUUUCUACAGUGUUUCCAAAUGCAGUGAAAUAACCUCUGUUUUAAAGAAUCCAGUUAUUCAAAGGAACAAUGUGCAGUUGAUACUUUUUUAGAUGAGAGAGAAAAUUAAAGCUGUACUUAGCUGCAAAGAAAUAUUAAGAAUAACUUCUGCAAAAAUUUCAGUUUUCCAACUGGCAGAGGAAGGCUAAUAUUGAAUUUUCAUUUAAAAAGCCAGCUUUUCCUCUGAAAUGUUAGUAAAUGGAUUUACUUUACUGAGACUUAAUGGAAAGUGUCAGAAAUAGUAUUAGAAGAUAUCAAAUCGUCAUGAAAUGAACUCUACUUCUAACCAAACCAUAACGUAUUUGCAGUUUUCUCUUUUGAUUCAACUAAACUAUACACAAUAUAAGGAAAAGUAAUUGAACUGGGUUUUUUGGGUAGUUGAUAUUUGACCUGAGUACUUUUUUUAGUUAACUCUAAGAAAAGAUUUGCUGAAGGGUAUAGUAAAGGUGUUUUGUGGUGAGCAUAAGAAUGUUUCUCCUCACAAGUAAAGCUUUUGAAAGCUUAAUUUGGAAUUUAUGGAAGUUGUUUCUUUGAUAACCAAGGUAUUAUUUAAGUUGUAACGCCAGCUAAUAAAAUGCCUUAGUUUGAGCAUAAUGCAAAAUGUGUUUUGUUCCUUAGACAUUUAUAAAAUUCUCUACUACUAUCACUAAAUAUGAUUUGGGGAUUUUGUGUGAUCUUUUUCAUCUAAGAGAUUCCUGACUCUUUCACAUGCAUUCUUGCUUUUUUAUCCAAACAGCAGACCAAAUUUAGUGUCAUCCAUUUUUAACCAUUGUAUCUAUGACAACUAUAUCUUUAUCUUGCAUAUCUUAUAGAAUGUAAGUCCCCUAUGAUUGGGAUUAUGUUUUUCUUCAAAGUUUCAGCAACAAACCUCAAGGUUUACUUACUGAACAAGUAUCUGUUGAGCUGCCUCUUGGGUAUAAGGAACUUUAGAGUAGAUUUUUUUCCUCAGCUGAGUCUGGGCCUUUGACCUGAUGCACUAUUUAUGUUAAACUUUUUCGUUAGAAAAAUGAUGUGACUUGUAUAUUAAUGGCUUAUCAUAUACCACAGUAUUUCCUCUUUUUUCUCCCCUCCCCCUUUUUUUGAACCUGACAUUAUGAACAUAAGCAUUUAGAAUAGCAUCCUAUGGCAAAGAACACAGGUCAUAAUCAUGCUGCUUAGUGAAUGGUGACCAAGUGAACAGAUCCAUACGGUAUAUUUAUUUACUAAAAUAUAUGUGUGGAGUUGUCAUUUCAGAAUAAACUUGCUCUGAGAUAAGAAA